AACAGGCGAAAGCAAUAUUCUGACAAGAUCACCAGAAUCAACUGCUUCUUCACAGAUUCUGUAAACUGCCCUGAAAAUUAUUAAUGCAAUAUGUUAAGUCACAAGUAUAUUAAAAAAAUAUCCUCUAUCAAAACAUCCUUUAUCAAAAAGUGGCGUGAAAUGCAGUGGUCUUCUCACUUCUUAUGAGAGCAGUCAGCUUUAAUAAAAUCACUGUGAAAGGUUAUGGAUUCACAGCAGAGCCAAAAGAGAGAUAACAGCUCUCCACCAGUGAAGUCUCCACUGGGCCUUCGGAGAUGGCAGGCUUUCGACUGUAUGUCCUUUAACCCUCUUCGUGGCCCAAACUCCAGCACUGUGUAUAGAAAUGGGCAUAGAAGUCCCUCUGUAUCAGAGUGCUCCACUGCAGCAUCUACUGAAGAUUUAAUUGUCAGUCUGCACGAGCAAGAACACCAAUCGGACAACAACAGACUUUUCAGUUCUGCCAGCUGUGUCUCUGAAGAUUUUGGCGAAGAGGAAAAAAUCACCCACACCUUUUCGGAAGAACAUUUGUUAAACAUCACUUUCGAGGCAUGUGAUACCACAGGCAGAGGGGAAGUGAUGGCUUCCACUGUUAUGCAGUACCUACAGAGCAUGACGUCUCAGAGCCCAGAGCAAGGGAGGCUGUCAAGACUUUACGACAUGCUGGACCCUGACAGGAAGGGGGUCUUUGUGAACAGGGAUGUGUUCCAGGCCACAAUGAAAAGAUGGAUCUCCCAGUGCAGCCAAGACUGCUUACUGGAUGAUGAUUAUCAGAGUCUUGGAGAAGACCAUUGCAAAGCACCUAUAAACGGGAGUGAAUCGUCUGUUUCGGAAACUGAAAGAAGAGAUUGUAUUUAUUAUGAAUCCAGGGACAUGAUCAGCACUGUUGCGGACCUACGGCACGCUAACCACAGCCUGAGCGAGCAGAACAGCAGCCUUCUCAAGGCUGUGGAAGCAUGCGACGAGAAAAACCUCCAGCUCACAGCGGAAGUCAGCAAACUCAAGAGAAAAUUAAUGAGCACACAGCGAUCCGCUGUAAGUUUCGAGUCCCUAUCGGAAGAGUUGGAUGAGGCCAGGAGACUAAUAAAGGACAGCCAGGAGAGAGCCUGCAGGAUAAAAACCUACAACAAUAAACUGAAGAAAGAAAACGAAUGUUUAAGGGCACAAAUUCAAUUACUGGAAGAGGUGAAUGAAAAACUUGCCCAAGAGAAAUCCUUUAACAAAACCUGCCUUGCCAAACUAAUGAAAAUGCAGUCUGAAAUGAGGAAGGAACUAGAUGAAACACAUGUUUUGUUGGCAUCAAAAGACAGGGAAAUCACACAGAAAACAAUGCUCAUUGAAGAGUUAAAAUUCUCUCAAAUGGAGAACCACAGAAUCAUUGAGGGAAUGUAUUCAGAAGUACAGAGACUUCAAGAAAAUGCUCGGCAUGGGCUGUUGAGAUGGAAUGUAACCCUACCCUGCCCCUUGGGAAAGUAUGACACUCCUCCCCAUCAACACUCACUACAGUCAGAAAUCCAGGAACUGCAAGAGCUUGGCAGUACUGAAGAGGCAAACAGUCCUCUUUGUGGGCUAUUGUCCUCCACCAACCAGAAGGAUGAGUUUCAGAAGCUUCUGCAUCAGAUUAAAUCACAGGAACACAUUCAAAUGCUUCACACCGAACCUGAACAGAGGGAUACAAUUAAAGGUGCCAGGAAUAAAGUUGUGGAAAGAUUAGAAAGAGCCUACUUUCAAUGUCAGCAGCAACAUUCAAGCACCAAGCAGCAUCUGGCAAAUGUAAUACGAGAGCUUGAGUUGCUGAAAGUCCUGAAGUCUGAAGCUGAGGAUAAGGUGUUGGAGCAGGAGCAAGGGCUGGCAGAGGCUGAGAAAGACAAUAAAGAGGCAAAGAAGAUGGCUGCUAUGAACUGGUGGAGAGCUUUAAAAGCAGAAGAGGAGAAAAUCAGAGCCAAAGACGAAACUGCUCAGGUGACUCGGGUGUGUGUAGAAACAAAAGAAAAGCUCCUACAAGCCCAGGGCGUAAUCAAGGAGAUGGAAAGCAAGUUGUGUCAUUUGGAAGCGUCAUUAAUGGAGGCUCAGCAAAAAGUUCCUGAGGCUGAAACAAGAGGUCAAACAAGCGAAGAGGCAGUGCCCACCAACCAUACAACCUGGGAACAAGGAGCAGUUUUACCAGAAAAAAAGGUCAUGGAAGAUGGACAAAAAACAGCACAAAAUAAGCUGAUUUUAGCUGAUGCAGAUACCUGUGAGCCAGAAGUCAUUAACUUAAAAGAAUCGGCUUUGCAAAGCUUUCUGGGGUCCUUGAAGAAAAUGGAGGAAACGACGAGCCAAGUGGCAGAGCUCAUCAGACUUGGCGAGCAGAGGUUUGUGGUUGCUAAGGAAAAACUGGAUGCAGUGACAGAAAGAAUCGAAGCUGCUUUGGAAAGAGCUGAAAAUGCGGAAAUACAGUUCAACCUGCUGGAGUCUAGGGUCUCUGCAAAAAAUGAGCCUACAGAUUCCAGAUCACCCACUGGGUCUGUGGGUGGAUCACCCUCUGUGGCCUUUUCUGAGACACACAAUACAGAGAAAUUCACUUGUCCGGCUCCGAAAGCAACCACCAUCUGCCAAUCCUCUCCUUGUGAUGUUACAAAUGGUGAAAUCAUUUCCCUGAGCACCACAAGACAAAGCAAGGAUAAAGAGAGCUCCUGCACUGUCUGUGUCAAUGAUCGACCAUCACGAAUCCAACAUCCUUUCUUCAGCGUUUGUUCAGGGCAGCAUUAUAUCAGCAAGGAUAGUUCAAGACAUGACACUUCUCUACUAGAUGCAUUGGCUUUGGAGCUCCUGAAGACAGAGCUACAGACAAACAGCUGUUGUGUCAGACAAUUGUCACCUAAUCACAGCCAGGGGAGAUGUCAGAACCAUUUAUCUGACAACUGUGAAUGUAAAGAGACAGAUGAAGAUGUAGAAAGCUUUAAGGUCAUUACCAGCUCUGACUGCUGCCAGACAGACCCAAAGGACAAUGGAGAUAAUCAGGCCCUAGUGGAACAGAGCACAACUGCUACUCACACAGACCCGCAGCCUGUAGAGGACGAGGCCUGGCAGCCUUGCAGCCAGGCGUUAAGCGUUCGACCCAGUGAGCAGCCCCCUUCUGCCCCAUCUGGCCCAGCCAAGAACGGCCGCCCUCUCCUCAGGCCCAGACCCAGCCACCCGCCAACAAUGCCUACCCUCCCUGAAGAAGAGGAGGACUCUCCUGAGGAACUAGACAGCUCAUCCAGCUCUCCAGUCACUUUUACGCCUGUUUUGACCAGAAUGGUCCCUGGACCAGUCUCUGCUCCUUCCAUUGUUUUACCAAGACAAGGUGCCCCUGUGGACCAAGAUUCUAAACCUCUUGAACAGACCAGACCACACAGUCCCAGGCCACGGCUCUCUCGAAGCUCAUUCUCUUCAGGGAACCCAAUAACAACAGUUGACAGUGAAGGCCAUGUUAUUGACCUGAUAAAAGACCAGCUGCCAGAUGUUGAACUUUCCAAUGAAGACAAGAAGAAGAAUCUGGAACUGCUUGAGGAAGCCAAGAAAGUCAGUGAGCGCUUCCUCAUGCGAAGGGGUCGAAGGUCAAUCUGCAGCCUUUCAGAAUCCCCAACAGGUCUCUCGCCCAAUCCCACUCCUCGCUCCUCUCCAGUACCUUCAAGAAGCAGCUCCCUCACUGUGCCCCCACAGAUUGCUCCAGAUGGGACAGAGGUAAAUUAUGUCAACCCCCCUAUAAAUCAGCAUCUGGAAGUGCCCAGUCCCCGAGAGAAGUCCGACACCAGAGGGCAGGAGCCAGAGAGCCCCAGGAAACCGUUGGACCGAAAGCCUCAUGAGAAACGCAAGGUUUCACAAGGGACGCUGCCUGCGCGCCUCAGCGCCUACGAGGGCUCCAGCGAGGCAGCCGUGGAGCAAAAAGAGAACUGCGACCCCCGGCUCGGCGGCGAAACGAGAAAGAAGCCCCCUUCGUCCGCGGGCCGGGCCGAGUCGGAGGAGCCGGGCAGGGGCUCGGGGAGGAAGCACCUGGAGAGUCCUGACCCCCCCGUGGGGAAGGGGCCCGUGGCUCCGCCGCUGCCCUCCGGGGCCUGCACAGCGGAGCUGAAGUCCAUCGGCUGCGGCCCCCCACUCAUGCGGGCCGUGUCCUGGGAUUCCGUAGGACCGGUCAGCAUCAGAAACGGGACCCAGGCUUUCCCAGCGAAAAACGACGAGCCCUUGUCCUUUUAUGACAAAUCCAACAUCGCGCUGCUAAAGGCUACGGGAUACAAAGACUUCCCGGUUCAGCCGGUCAGGAUGCAGAAGCUGGUCCAGAUGCGUGAGGAACACAAGCUGAUGCGAAACCAAAGCAUUAUUGGAUCAAAGCUGCCAGAUCUCAGUGAAACAGCUGAACAGGAGAGAGGACCCUCUCCUAACCCCACACCUGGGUCGCCUACAGAAGAGGAGCCCAGAGCAAACUCUGAUGUAAUGCCAAACAUUUCUGAUGUCAUGCUGCGGAAACUGAAACUUCACAGAGCGCUGCCUACGAGCGCACCCCCGCUUACAGAAAAAGAAGUCGAGAACGCCUUUGUCCAGCUGUCCUUGGCCUUUCGCAAUGACAGUUACACUCUGGAAAGCCGACUGCACCAAGCUGAGAGAGAGAGGAACCUGACUGAGGAAAACACAGAGAAGGAACUGGAAGACUUUAAAGGCUUUAUUAAGGGCUCAGUGCUCUUGUGGCAGAAUUCAGAGCAGCGCGAAUCCUACCAGCGCCUCCUAGAGACGGUCGUGGUGCUCCAUCGUCUAGCAGUGCGCCUCUCCAGCCGUGCCGAAAUGGUGGGAGCUGUCCGGCAGGAGAAGCGUAUGAAUAAAGCUACUGAGGUGAUGUUGCAGUAUGUGGAAAAUUUGAAGAGGACAUAUGAAAAAGACCACGCAGAGCUAGUUGAAUUCAAGAAACUGGCCAACCAAAACUCUAAUCGUUGUUAUGGAUCCAUUGACACAGGAGACGAUGGUGUCCCACGUGCGUCAAGAUCUAUGUCUCUGACCCUCGGAAAGGCUUUGCCAAGAAGGAGAGUCAGUGUGGCUGUGGUUCCAAAAUUCAACCUCUUGAAUAUUCCUGGCCAGUCCCCUAACUCUGUAGGCCCUGGGUUACCUGUACUGUGUGAGGCAAACAGUGGAAAAUGCAGCACACCCUCAGAUCCUGUAUCAGCUGCUGGAACUGAGAAAUUUAAUCUAAAUAUUAAGGCUGCAAUGGAUGACAGUAUCCAGACUCCACAAAAAAAUGAAAAAGCAAGUAGAGAUCCAGAAAACGAGACAUCUUCAGCCCCGCCCUCCAGCAACCUGGAUGAAAUUAGAUCGGAGAUUAAAGCUAAAAUAGAGGAGGAGGCCUACAACAAAGGGUAUGAAGAAGGGCUGAAGCGAAGUAAAGAGCUGCAGGAGCUGAAAGAAGAGGAGGAGAAAGCAGAUGAAAGUCAAGAAGACGCAGAAGAAGCAGAAAAAGAAAUGACACUGGAAAAGAAGAGCAGCAGCAGGUUUGAGGAAGCUCUGGGUGUCUUCAACUGGUUGUGUCCAAAGAUUUUCAGACAGAAUCGUCUGUGUUGGAUUAUUGCCAUAGUUGUUCUGGUUUUUGCUUUCAUCAUCAGUGUUUUUACAUCUUUUGGUCAUUCUUAUGAAGAACUGGGAGAAGCAUCUUCAGGAAAUGGUGGAGGCUCAGGCAAAAAGCUGAACUUCGGGUGGAAUGUGGGCCUUCAGCCCAAAAAUCCCACACCUGAAUAACACAGAUCAAUCCCUCUUCCACUUCAACAUGCUCUGUAUCCGCAAAACUGACUUGAUAUUAAAAGACAAUUCUGGGCUCAUGGCAUGAACAGUAAAAGGAUUAUCCUCUAAAAACAUAGAUAUCUGACAAUAAGUGGUGAAUUGUGAGAAGAAGAAACAUUUGGGGAAAGAAGUAUUUUGUACAUUUUAGUGACGCUCACAGAUCUUUUUGAUAAAACAAUAUUGUAGAUAACUUAAGGGAUCAAUUUCUGCAGGAGAAACGUGGUAAAGUUAUUAGUCUCAUUCUUUGAAACAAACAGUUUGAUAACUUCCUUGAUUUGAGUGAAUUUGUGUAUCAUACAGUAGCUCCUGUUCAGGAAAAACCUGUUGCUUGAUUUCAGUCAAUGACAACAAAGGGCUGUCUAAUCAUGUGGGGGUGAUUAUCACACAAGCUAUUUUGGGACAGAUACUUUGAUGGGAUUAAUGUAAUGCUUGCCAGGGAGAAACUAAACUUGCUAUCAGCAGUCUUCUCAGGUUAGAUAAGGACAAGCAGUGAUGUACGGAAGUAUUUAAUUUUUUUAAAGAAAAACCUUUGUAAUUUUGCUAGAUAAAAUAUUCUAUAUUAGUAUUUAAAGAGAGACUUAGUUUGAAGAUGAACUUGUUAGGUUAUUCCAAUAUAGUUUUAAAAAGUGCAAUAUUUUUGUAGGAGAUGUACACAAACUGUUUUUGAUUUUAUUUUUUUCACAGCACUGAUCCUGUCAGAGAGAUUUUCAGAUAUGAAAGAGCACUAUUUUUGAACCGCAUGACAACAUUUCUUUUUAUUACUGGUAUUAUUAAUGUUGUUAUUAUUUAUCAUUGUAAACAUUUGCACAUGUGUGCCUACCUUGUACUGUAUAGUGCCACCAUACUUGAGUCUUAAUAAAGAUGCCUUAAAUCCUC